UGGCUGCUGCCCCCUCUCCUCCUCCUUUCUCUCUCAGUCCUGGGUGAGGAGACGCAGGGAAACACUGGGCCAUGAAGAGUGGGAUCCUACUAGCCCUUGUAGCCCUAGUCCCUCUGUGGUGCCAGGCUCAGGAGACUGAAGAACAGCGGUCCUGUGAUGGGGCAUUUGAUCUGUACUUCAUUCUUGACAAGUCUGGUAGUGUGAAGAACCACUGGCAUGAAAUUUACUACUUUGUUGAGAGCCUUACUGAAAAAUUUACAAGUCCCAUGCUCAGGAUGUCAUUUAUUGUCUUCUCCUCCCGGGCAACAACCAUCAUGAAGUUGACUGAAAAGAGAGAACUGAUACGCCAAGGCCUCCAAAAGCUUCAAACAGAGGUGCCUGGGGGUGACACAUUUAUGCAUGAAGGAUUUAAAAUGGCGAAUGAACAGAUCAAUCAGGAGAACAGAAGAAGUAACAGUGCGGCCAGUGUUAUCAUAGCGCUCACUGAUGGGGAACUGCAGCAAAACCAGUUCAACUAUGCAGAAAAUGAGGCUGAUAGAGCUCGGAGUUUGGGUGCCAUUGUUUACUGUGUGGGAGUAAAAGACUUUAAUGAAACACAGCUCUCCACCAUUGCUGACAGCCUCGACAAUGUAUUCCCCGUGACAGGUGGAUUCCAGGCUCUACAUGGAGUUAUUGACUCAAUCUUGAAGAAAUUCUGCAUAGAAAUUCUGGCUGCAGAGCCGUCCAGUGUCUGUGCUGGGGAGUCUUUCCAGGUGGUGGUACGAGGAAAUGGCUUCCAGAGCGCCCGUGACACCAGUCAAGUCUUGUGCAGCUUUAAACUCAAUGAUAGCUUCACUAUAAAUGAGAAGCCGUCUAUCAUAGAAAACACUUACCUGCUAUGCCCUGCUCCAGUAAUUGAAGAAGUUGGACAGGUGAUGUAUCUACAGGUCAGCAUGAACAUGGGCCUCAACUUUAUCUCUAGUUCUGUGAGCAUCACUAGUACACAUUGUCGCACUGGAAUCAUUCUGUUCAUUGCCCUGCUGAUACUCUUCCUUCUACUUUUCCUGGCUUUGCUUUGGUGGUUUUGGCCACUUUGCUGCACUGUGGUGAUUAAAGAGCCACCACCACCUCCUCCUCCAGCACCAGAAUCUGAUGAUGAGGAUGGUUUACCAAAGAAAAAGUGGCCAACUGUGGAUGCAUCUUAUUAUGGAGGAAGAGGCGUUGGCGGUAUAAAGAGGAUGGAGGUGAGGUGGGGUGAUAAGGGCUCCACAGAAGAAGGAGCAAAACUAGAGAAACCCAAAAAUGCUGUCAUUAAACUGCCAGAGCAAGAAUUUGAACCCUGGGAGCCUAAACCAAAGAAAAACAUGCGCCGUAAUAAUCCACAGGAGAGGAAAUGGUACAGUCCAAUCAAGGGUAAGCUUGAUGCGAUUUGGGCUCUGUUGAGGAGAGGCUAUGACCAAGUGUCACUAAUGAGGCCGCAGGCAGGAGACAAGGGACGCUGUAUCAAUUUCACAAGAGUUAAAGCUGAUGGAAGCCAGGCUAUCUAUAAGCCACCUGCCAGAAGUGCUUCACCAAGCCCUCCACCACCUCCAAUGCAAUCACCUAAACAGCCUCCUCAUCAACCACCACAGCGGCAACCUCCACCAGGUCCUCCACCUUCACGAAUGCCCCCAGGUCCACCCCCUUCUCGUCCUCCUCCUGAGCCUAUAAAUUGAGCCCAUGCCAUUGGCUUCUGUACGCUGGACUGAAUUUCACUUUGUUAAAGCAGCUGCACGACUGCAGUAAAAGAAUAGUUCUGGCCUGCAGUAGAUCCUGAAAUACCAAUAUGACUGGUGUGUUCACUUUGGAAGUAAGAACAGGACACAUCAUGCAUAAUAGUCAUUUUUACCUUCCCUAGUAGAUGCAUUGCAACUGUUCUGUUUUGAGAUGGCAUAUUUAUAUGGCCACUACAGUGCUCACAUAGGUCUUCAUUAUAACCCAGAGCUUCAUGAAUCCUGUGGCGUGCAGCUGCUUCUAACUCCUUCGCUGUUUGGAUGCUAGUCUGGCAGCCAAAGGGUUACAUGUACUCAGUCUAUUUAUUCUGUCUGUUUUUAUAUGUUAGAAAUGACAAAUGGAGUUUGUUGCUGGCCAGCAAAAUGUGCCCCAUUUGUGCUCAGGUGACAGCCUGACCUCAGUCAUCUCCUUUUGAAUCUUGUAUCAUGUAAACUCUAUUCAGAUCAGGUUUUCAUUUUUUGCUUCACAUUCGUAUACUAAAUUCCAUUAAAGGAAUAGCACUGGAUACCAGCUUGUACUGUCAGGCAUGCCAGCUAGGAUCCCUUCCUUGAUCCCAAUAGGUCCCAGUGGCCCAAUCAAUAGCAGUUCCCAUGCAGAAAUAUGAGGACAGCGCUAGGACAGGUUAGUGUAGAAGACCAACACAAGAGCAGGGCUGAGAUGAUGGCUCCUCUAGUUGAAGUUCUUAGCCUACUAUUGGCCUCAGACUGGUCUCUUGCCAUCUGCAGUGGGGGCAUCAGUUAUUCUAUCUCUUUGUAUAAAAUGUGUAUGUGAAAGUUGUGUACAGCAUUAGCAUGUGACUGCUGGGCAGUUCAAGUAAUUUAUAAGAUCUGCUGACAAUCUCCAUAACCUCCAUUCCAGUAGCCAGAAGUCACAAUUCAUUGGUUCUAACUCAGAUCUCAUCUUCUAAAAGAAGGAAUGUGAUUGAUUUGAAUACAUAUGUUUGUAAGUUUGUCCCUAUAAUUAAAGUUUCAGGAUUUUAGGCCUACACAAUCCAUCAUUCCAUCUUAUUUUUCUUAGGUCCAAUCCAACAAGUCUCUGGAAAUCACAAUUUAAAAUGUUUAAAAUUUGACUUUCACGCUACAAUAGUCUACAGCUAUUUAGAGGGGCAGUAGUUUGAUCUUCAUUGAGGUUAUUGAACCAGUAUCCUGCAAGUUCUAAGUUUAAAAUGAUGGAAUAGUGCAAAUUAAUGCAUGGAUGAAAGACACUGUGUUCAGACAGAAUGUUCUUCCAACCAUACUUUCAAAAACAAAUUAGAUUAGACUGGUUGGCUGAUAUUGCACAUAGUUGAUAUUUUCUAAAAAAGUGUUGUCAAACUUUGAGAAGAGCAAGAACACCAUUGAAACACCUGACCUCACAUAGCUCUCUAUGGUAAUGCCACAAAUAAUAGUAACCUAGUGCAGUCCAACAGUUGGCUCUGUUUUAAGGUUCCUUGUCUAGGGAUCUGUCUGUAGCAUACACAGUAGAGAAGGGGCAACAUAGCAAUUAAGGUGCACAUUAUAAUUUCUCUGUACAUAGAAGACUUACACUGGGCUAUACCACACAGUAGCAACCAGGACUCAUCUCUUGAAGGCCCCAUAGCAGGUAGAUUUUCUUACAUAUGUAAGGGACCACUAUCGCAGGAAUGUGCAAUCUCACCCAGAGUAGAGCUAAGAGAUAACUAUAUCAUUAUGGUUGACUUUGGCAAAGCACAUCAUUGACAGUUCUGCCCAUGGUGGGAUGGUGGUAUUGGUACAGUGCUCAAACCAGUGGAAGAGAUGUCACUUCAGCAGGUUUUAUAUUCAGGCCUCUCAACUGCAAAGCUUCUCUUGGUAGUUCACUCAGGAGUUUCACCUGCGGCUACUCUUCCCUCCUCCAGCUGGGCUCAGCUCCAAUUAAAUGUAAGUCCCAGAGCCUAGAGUCACUGAAAGGCAGUCUGCAGAUACAAAAUCUUUCCUUGACACAUCGUCCGACCAGCAGUAACCAAACUCGGCCUUAAAUACCAGUCCCAGCCCAUGUGAGGGACAUGACAUCAGAAUCAUCAGUCCCCCACAGUCGAAACUGGAACUGGCACAUUUUCCCCUCUCUCAUCAGUAAUGGCAGCUAGGGCAGUACUUCACAUAGCUAUAUUUCUUUCAAAAGUACUAACGCAACACUAUGGUCAUCACUUCACUAGAGGGUCUACCCUUAUCAAUGCUGUGGCACCAUUACCAAACAUUCACAUGUUAACAUAUCAAGCAAAUUUAAAUAACAGAGUUUAAUUACAAUAACUUCUCCUGGUAAAGUGGGAAAUCUUUCUGUUCACCUUACAUAAAACCCCCCUCCCGAUUUCACAAUUGCUGUACUCCACAAUUACACGCAACCUAAGACAAUAAGAAUUGCAACAUACUGUAGCAUGAACCACAUUAAAACACUUUUAGUUCUAUAAUAAAGUCUUAGCUUUUUAAGAUAAACUAUGGCAUCUUAACCACAGCACCAUAAUUGACAAUCACUGGUACAUUAACAGUUAUUGGCAUCUGUACGAGGCUUUUGUAAUCAUAUAAAAUGUCUCCUCUCCUAACUGCUAUCUUAUUUUUGUCAGAUAUCUCAGGAAACUCUGACCCACAAACUCACUGGGCUUCUCUCUAUCAGCUUUUCCUGGUUCCCCCUUUAGCCUCUGGCUUGUGCUUCUCCUUGACUGCUUCCUCCCCUGUGACUACUUCCUUCAGCUCCUGAGGUGGUUGCAUCAUCCUCUCCCAGGGAUAAUAUCAAUUGCACCUCAGCAACUCUGAAGUGUUGGCCUGCCUGGCCCUGCCUACUCAAGGCAUGUCCAGUGGCGUCUGCUUUAGGUCCUGAAAAGGAGCAAACAAGUUGGGCUCCUUUUCAUUCUCAUACCAGAUCUCUGGUUCUCUGUAGAUUUUUGGCCAGUAAUAACUACGGCCCACCACCACCAUGGCUCAUGUUCCCAUUUUUAUUUGAAUCUCAGUCCAUACCAGAAAUUGUGGAGGUAUUCAUAAUGACCUAGCAUCCCAACUGGCCAUCUUUUGACAAACAGCUGUUCUCCACUGUAAUACUACUACGUGAAUCCAAACCCCUUCUUUACAUCUAAGUCCCUAUUUAGUGUUACUGAUAGAAUCUUUCAGCUGACAGCCCUGUCAGCAGUUCUCUCAUUUUUGGUCCCUAUUUACCCAUUGCAAUUCCAAGGACACUUCUGCAUUUCUGGAUGGUCUAGGUUCCAAAGUGUUAGGCUGCCCUCUGUCCUGCAAUUGGGUCACUAACAGCUCAUCCAAUCCAUUCAGUACCACAAUACAAACCCCCACCCCCAGACUGUCAUGGUCAUGUCUAUAUUCGGUCUGGGAAUCCUACAUAGUAACAUAGUAACAUAGUACAUAAGGCCGAAAAAAUACAUUUGUCCAUCCAGUUCGGCCUGUUAUCCUGCAAGUUGAUCCAGAAGGAGGCAAAAAAACCCUGUGAGGU